AUGGGGCUGCAUGGUACAGAGCCGCAUGGCAGGGCAAUGUGGCGCUCGUUGUUUCUCCCCCUCAGGGAACGUGUCGUGUUCGCGUCCUUCAUUACGAUGUUGUGCCCGCUUCAAUCGCCGCAGCUGCAGCCAGGGCAAUUCUCGUGUCGGGAGGCUUCCUCAAGUACGGAUUUUCAGCCCCCCACCACAGCUGGGAGGGCUUACUCCCCCGAUGAGGACGGGGCUGCCACGCGCUCGCCCCUCUUUGCACUUUGCGGGGAACGGGCAGACGCCAUCGUCUGCGUCCUUGCGGACGGCAAGGUCGUUUUUUUUGACCUUACAGAUGAACACGAGGGGCCGAAGGAAAUUCGACGAUUCUCCACAAGGAAACUGCGUACUUGCACGUCAUACAAGGCGACGUGUGCCUCCAUCAUCCCUUUAGAAGUGACGUAUAUGUGCCGUGUUUCGGCGGUGACACAACCGACGACAGCCCCGCCGCUUUCAGGAAGCAGCUGUAACUCAGCCAUCUUCAAACCAGAACCAACUGGCUCGGAUCGAGCAAUGUACCUUCGCGGAGUUGUGGGUUCGAGCGAUGGCAGCGUCGAGGUCUUUUCUGAGCAUGGGUUCGUGUUUGGGUUCGUUGCCCAUGACGUACCUGUGGUGGCGGUGGCCGCCAUUUACACCGCGGAGGACGAGGAUGCAGUUCAACGUCAAGAGGUAGCCAGCAAAAAGAGGGAUUUCAAGCUAUCCCCGGGAAGUGACAACCCGGGGUGUCAGUUUGAGAUUUCCAUCGUGGGCCUGGGGUUCGUCACGUGCAGCUCCGACGGGGUGGUUUAUGUAUGGAAGAGAGACGGGCUUGCAAUUAAGCCCACAAUGUUUGAGAAGAGCGCAUUUCCCUCGCGGACGUUUAAGUGGCACGUGGUGCAGCCCUCCAGUCGGGAGUGGCUGCUAAGCGGUAUGGGGGCGGCGCGGACGCCGCUGGUGGUACAUAUCACCCCAGGCAUGGUACACGAAAUCCGUGUGCGCAGCAGUGUGACAUUUAGGGACGUUGAGCCACGCAUCAAGCUGCCGGGAUCUCCCUUUUCUCGUACCACGGCUAUUGCAGCUGUGGAGAAUUUAGCCCUUGUGGCGCGUGGUAAAAAAGUGUACCGCGUCAACUUUGCCGAGUCCCGGUGUGAGCGUAUCCUCACGGCUCUUCACACGGUGACAGGCCUGUACCUUAGUAGAGCUGGCCUCGCCGUGGCCACCUGCGACAGCGGCAGCAUGCUGUACGUCCUAUCCCUGGACCCCAUGUCAGUGCUUGGCCGUUACUACGUCCGUGGAGGUGGCCCUUUGUACUCCGUCUCGCUGCAUCCGGACUCACACCUCUUGGCGAUUGUCUCCGGCGAUGGGACCGUGGAGGUGGCAUUGAUGCCAGAGGCCUGGAACGAUGGUGCUGCCAACAAAGUUUACACCCGCAGCGAUGUCAUGAACUCGAUUCAGGCAGCCAGAGCCCUUUACUGCCUUGUAGGUAUGCAUAAACGGCAUGGUGACGCGUCGUACAACGCAGCUGAUGUAAUGUUGCAGGCUGCCGAAUACGAGUCGUUGCUCUUGGCGCGCAUGGCAGUCCCGGAGGGGACGUUGCGUUAUCUUCACCCCGCCACUGAAAUUGCAUAA